CUCACCCUGCUGGCCGUGGGGAGGGCGUGUCUCCUGUCCCGCUCCGCCCACUCGGCCCCGCCGACCCAGUAUCGGCCAAUCAAAAAAGUGAUGGUGGCUAAUAGAGGUGAGAUCGCCAUCCGUGUGUUCAGAGCCUGCACUGAGCUCGGGAUUCGAACGGUGGCCGUCUACUCUGAGCAGGACACUGGACAGAUGCACAGGCAAAAAGCAGACGAGGCCUACCUCAUUGGGAAAGGGCUGCCGCCUGUCGCCGCCUACUUGGACAUCCCCGACAUAAUCAAAGUAGCCAAGGACAACGACGUGGAUGCCAUCCACCCGGGCUACGGGUUCCUGUCAGAGCGCUCGGACUUUGCUCAGGCCUGCGCCGACGCGGAUGUGAUGUUUGUCGGACCGACUCCGGAAACGGUCCGCAAGAUGGGAGACAAAGUGGAGGCCCGCACCCUCGCAAUCAGCGCCGGUGUACCCGUAGUCCCGGGAACAGACUCCCCCAUCAGCAGUCUGCAGGAGGCCCACGCCUUCGCCCAGAGCUACGGCUUCCCCAUCAUCUUCAAAGCGGCCUACGGAGGCGGCGGCCGAGGCAUGCGGGUGGUCCGAGAGUACGAGGAACUUGAGGAGAAUUACCAGCGGGCCUACUCGGAAGCGCUGACUGCUUUCGGCAAUGGCGCUCUGUUUGUGGAGAAGUUUAUUGAAAAACCAAGACAUAUUGAAGUGCAGAUCCUCGGAGAUAAAUACGGUAAUGUCAUCCACCUCUACGAGAGAGACUGCUCCAUUCAGCGGCGCCACCAAAAGGUCGUGGAGAUCGCACCGGGUUUCCAACUGGACCCUCAGCUGAGAAACCGGCUUCAUUCGGACGCUGUCAACCUUGCCAAAUUGGUGGGCUACGAGAACGCGGGGACGGUGGAGUUCUUGGUGGACAAACACGGCAAACACUACUUCAUCGAAGUCAACUCGCGGCUUCAGGUGGAGCACACGGUGACAGAGGAAAUCACGGACGUGGACCUGGUGCACGCCCAGCUGCAUGUGUGCUCCGGCCGCAGCUUGCCAGAACUGGGCCUCAGACAGGACAAGAUCCGGGUCAACGGCUGCGCCAUCCAGUGCAGGGUGACCACCGAGGACCCGGCCAGGGGCUUCCAGCCUGACACCGGCAGGAUCGAGGUGUUCCGAAGUGGCGAAGGCAUGGGCAUCCGUCUGGACAGUGCCUCGGCCUUUCAGGGCGCCGUCAUCUCGCCGCACUACGAUUCUCUGCUGGUCAAAGUCAUCGCCAGCGGCAAGGACCUGCCCACCGCCGCCUCCAAGAUGAGCCGAGCCCUGGCCGAGUUCAGAGUGAGGGGCGUCAAGACCAACAUCCCAUUCCUCCAGAAUGUGUUCUCCAACCACCAGUUCCUCCACUCCACCGUGGACACGCAAUUCAUCGACGAGAACCAGGAACUGUUCAACCUCAAGCCCACGCAAAACCGAGCGCAGAAGCUGCUGCAUUAUCUCGGUCACGUGAUGGUGAACGGACCGACCACACCCAUCCCGGUGAAGGCCAAACCGUCCUCCGUUGACCCCGUCGUUCCACCCGUCACCAUGGGAGAUCCUCCGGUUGGAUUCCGCGACGUCCUGCUGCGCGACGGCCCGGAGGGCUUCGCCAAGGCCGUGCGUGCCCACCAGGGCCUCCUGCUGAUGGACACCACAUUCAGAGAUGCCCACCAGUCCCUGCUGGCCACCAGGGUGCGCACCCACGACUUGAAGAAAAUCUCGCCGUUUGUCAGUCAUAACUUGCACAACCUUUUCAGCCUGGAAAACUGGGGAGGUGCCACCUUCGAUGUGGCCAUGCGCUUCCUGUCCGAGUGCCCGUGGAAGAGACUCCAGGAGUUGAGGGCUUUGAUCCCAAAUGUUCCCUUCCAGAUGUUGCUGAGGGGAGCUAACGCCGUGGGCUACACCAACUACCCCGACAACGCCGUCUUCAAGUUCUGCGAGGUGGCAAAAGAGAACGGCAUGGACGUCUUCCGCGUUUUCGAUUCGCUCAACUACCUGCCCAACAUGCUGCUGGGCAUGGAGGCCGCCGGUUCGGCGGGGGGCGUCGUGGAGGCCGCCAUCUCGUACACGGGCGACGUGUCGGACCCCAUGAGGCAGAAAUACUCCCUCGGCUACUACCUGGAGCUGGCGGAGGAGCUCGUCAAAGCCGGAACGCACAUCCUUUGCAUCAAGGAUAUGGCCGGCCUGCUCAAGCCCCAAUCCAGCAAGCUGCUCAUCGGCGCUCUGAGGGAGCGCUUCCCGCACGUGCCCAUCCACGUGCACACGCAUGACACGGCCGGCGCCGGCGUGGCCGCCAUGUUGGCGUGCGCAGAGGCCGGAGCUGACAUUGUGGGGGGGUGAGUUGACUCGAUGGCCGGCAUGACGUCCCAACCCAGCAUGGGAGCAAUGGUGGCCUGCGCCAAAGGCACCGAGUUGGACACCGGUAUCGCUCUGGAGAAGGUGUUUGACUACAGCGAGUACUGGGAAGUGGCUCGAGGCCUCUACGCUCCGUUCGACUGCACGGCCACCAUGAAGUCCGGCAACGCCGACGUCUACGAGAACGAGAUACCCGGAGGGCAGUACACCAACCUCCACUUCCAGGCGCACAGUAUGGGCCUGGGGAAUAAGUUCAAGGAGGUGAAGAAGGCCUACACCGAAGCCAACAAGCUACUCGGAGACCUCAUUAAGGUGACGCCGUCCUCUAAGAUCGUGGGGGACCUGGCCCAGUUCAUGGUCCAGAACAACCUGAGCCGCGCCGAGGUGGAGGAGAGGGCCGACGAGUUGUCCUUCCCGCUGUCGGUGGUGGAGUUCCUGCAGGGCUAUGUUGGGAUACCUCACGGAGGAUUCCCGGAGCCCUUUAGAACCAAGGUACUCAAGUCCCUCCCUCGCGUGGAGGGCCGCCCCGGUGCCUCCCUGCCGCCGAUGGACUUCAAGUCGCUGGAGGACGGGCUACGAGCGUCGUACGGCGAAGACAUCACUCCUGAAGACGUCAUGUCGGCGGCCAUGUACCCCAAGGUGUUCCAGGAAUUCAAGGACUUCACCGCUAACUUUGGCCCAGUGGACUGUCUGAGCACCAGGCUCUUCCUGGAUGGACCAAAGAUCGCCGAGGAGUUUGAGGUGGAGCUGGAGAGGGGCAAGAUCCUGCACAUUAAGGCGCUGGCCCUGGGUGACCUGAACAAGGCCGGCCAGAGGGAAGUCUUCUUCGAGCUCAACGGGCAGCUCAGAUCCGUGCUGGUGAAAGACACGGUGGCCAUGAAGGAGAUGAAGUUCCAUCCCAAGGCUCAGAAGUCCAUCAAGGGUCAGGUGGGCGCGCCCAUGCCCGGAAAAGUGCUGGAGGUCAAAGUGGAAGUGGGCGACAAGGUGGAAAAGGGUCAGCCCCUGUGCGUCCUCUCCGCCAUGAAAAUGGAAACCGUGGUCAACUCGCCGCUGUCGGGCACCAUCAAGGCAGUGCACGCCGUGACCGACUCCUCCCUGGAGGGCGACGACCUGAUCCUGGAGAUCGAGGAGUAAAGUGAGAGGGCGGAGAGUCGGUGGGUGGGCAGGGCCUUCUGUAUAGUUUGCUGCAAGUGAGGUGCAUGGGGGGGUGGGGGGUGGGCUUUAUUUUUGGGGGAGGCAUCUACACAUAGCAAGGAGGUAGAAUAGAAACGCACAAUAACAUAUGCCAAUGUGAAAUAGUGAUUAUUUAGUCUUUGUCCAGGACGUGGACUAGUUUCGCUUGAGCUACAUUCCAUCGCUGGCCUGAACAGUAGGACUACCAGAGCCGUCAUUUUGGACACUUUUCAAACUUUAAUGUGGUAUUACUCUGCGUAGAUAGCUUGACGAUGCUCCCGGCCUCUUGACUUUUCCUCAUUCUGUGCAUAUUUCGUUCCCAUGGUCAGCACGGCCUGGUUUCCACCACAAACGGCGGCGCGGCGGCUGCAUUGAGGAAAGCUGCUGGUCACCGUAAUCUAUUUAAAAAAAAAAAAAUCUUCUGAAGGAGAGGAGGCAUUACAUCCGCUUCAACAAUAUUUCCGGGUCUGAGGAUGAAUUGCUCGGCUGACACAGAGCGAGUCCGAGUUUAAAAAAAAAAAAAAAAAGGAGCCGUGUAGCGUGUGCUAAAAUAGAUGUGAUAGUCAUGACAUUGUUGGCAGUACAUGCCAGGCAGUCGAAAUCAAAACAUGAAUGCUUCUCUGGUGCUUGUUGACAUCAUUCCCCCACGAAAAAAAAAGAAUUGCGGGGUGCGCUGGAGUUGUUUUGUGUGCCUUACUUCCGAUUUUCUUCCUCUUCUUCGAAGUGAAGUGCAGUCACGUCUUUGGCGAGCCGCGUCUCCUUUCCUUUGGCACCGAACGAAUAUAUUUGGUAGCAGCUGAGCCGCAUGCAGUGUGGCCGCCGCACGGGACAUUUGGCGCUCCGCCGACCGUUUCUCAUUCCUUUUUAUGACUUGAUUUACGUUCAAAGAUCACAACAGAAUUUUAGUCAACUUUAUGAGACACUGGCGCCGCAAAUCUUAAUCAUUUUCGUCGAGGAUUGUCAGAGCGCCAGCUGUCAAAGUGGCGCGUCGAAUAAUUUCAUAAUAAUGGUCGUCCCAGCGUUAAACGAACGGAAACACGCGCAACGCUAACUUAAGGUAGCGUUGCGACGACGUGCUCCGAUAACACGCCUCGAGUAGGCGUCGCUUCGUGUCAUCGGCUCGACUCAUUCCCUUCACGUCAAUCUUGGAAAGUUCGCAGGACGAGUGUGAAGGCGCCAGGGUGGUAAUUUUUAAUGAUUAUGCUUUCAUGUCAAGUGCAUUCUGGGAAUGUGUGAGCCAGUCGGGAAGUCAAAACUAAUUUUUGCGGGGGGUCGGGGGCGGUGGUGAUAUUCCAGUUUGGCGUUACGGCGGAAGUCGUGUUACUGUAUCAGUAAUAUCAGCGAGCGGUCGUUACUCCACAUCACGUCGGAGUAAAGGCUUCGCGAGGCGCGAACGAGACGAUGCGUUGACGUGAGGCAGUCCCAGCUGUGUUCCCCCCCCCGUCCCCCCAUGAAGCUCCACUGAUUAAUUUCUUCAUUAAUACUCUGUCAAGUGAUGUGAAAUUAGCCGGACUAAUAAGAGAGCCCCGGCAGCAGUGGCGCGGCUCCGAUUCUUCGUGUGCCCUGGCAUAAAUUAGCCUAAUUGUGUGUGUGCAAGCAAAUUUCCAAGCGGCACCCACCAUGCUGCACCUCCAGAAGUUUAAAAAAAAAAAAAAAAAAACGGCUCCGAAAUGAGACGACAUCUUGACAAACACGGAAGCGUUCUUUUGUUGCCAAACACGAGCACUUGAACGCUUGGCAAAUCUGUCGACCCGAUACGUUAAGCUGUGUGGAGGUGAUCACUUUGCGCCGGUGGUAAAUUCAAACACCCGUGGCCCCGCCCGCUUUCUACCCCGUCAGUCCGAUCGGCUCUCGCCGCCGCCGCCGCGUCAACCCGAACUCCGGCUCAUCCUCGCCAACCUCCGCACGCCAGGUCAUCAAAAGAAAUUGUUUGCUUCUCGGGUUACGCCAUCUACUGGUCAGUGACAGUCAUAUGUGUUCUUUUUUUUUUUUUUUUUUUAAUCUCUAUAUAGAAAUGUAUAUCUACAAGCAACCAAAAUAUUUGUUUACGCUUUCAUAUGCAAAAUGUCUCGCAAAAAAUCUUACGUUUACAUUUGUCUGCCCUCGUUUAGCCUGUACUGGAUAAGAAGCACAACUGAAAAAAAACUAAAACACUACUU